AUAAUAUCGGGCUCGACAUUUCUUCGCUUUCACCCCAGCUUGGCGGACAAAACAAAUUCGGUCUUGAAACACCCGGUCUAAAACAUGAAACUAGACAAGAGUCUAGAGGCCAGAAAACUACUGCACACUACAGUGUUUUCACAGUGCUUUUCCCCUUGCGGCCAUUAUUUAGCGACCUGUAACAAUUAUGGAAAAAUAUCAAUAUUCAGUUUGUCAAAAGCCCUAGCUCCAGAUGCCACUGAGGGACACUGGCAGCAGGUUUUUUCAUUCCAGGCGAGUGAUGAUGGUGCCCUUUAUUGCCUGGCCACAACGUCCGAUCUUCUCAUAAGUGCAGGAAAUGGACCAAUCUGUGCUUGGAAAUGGAAAGAAGUCCUGGACAAAAGCCCUCGAGUUGUCUGGACCUUCAACAUUCCUAAAAAGGGCCCAUUUUCUAAUCCAGAAGUAAAUGCAUUAAUCAUUGACAAGCAGGAGACUGGGACUACAUUAUUUGCUGGGUGUGGAGAUAAGAAUGUGUAUGGCUGGGAUUUAGAAUCAGGAACACAAGAGCUGACGCUAAGCGGUCACACAGACUACAUACAUGAUAUUUCUCUGAAAAAUGAUGGAAACACGUUGGCUUCUGCAUCAGAGGACGGAACUGUCAAUAUCUGGGAUGUUAGAGACAGUGCAGAACCUGUUCACACCAUUGUUCCCUACAAAACUGAGAGUUGUAGUAGGCCUAGUCAGGGUAAAUGGAUUGGAUGUAUAGCAAUGGACAGUUCCGAUGACUGGCUGGUGUGUGGAGGAGGGCCUAAAAUGUCACUUUGGCAUCUGCGAUCAAUGACUACCACUACAGUGUUCGAUACACCAAAUGUGUGCCAGAAGACGGUGCAGUUUUAUGAGGACACGAUUAUAUCAGCUGGGACCGACCAUUUUGUGAACCAUUGGUAUAUCAAUGGUGACCAGAAAGCUAAGGUUCCCUGUACCCCGACUUCUGUGUUCGAUGUGUGCAUCAACAAAAAUGAUGACAAAUAUAAGGUGCUCUGUGUUAGUGGUAGCAGUUACAAGAUAGAUGUGUGUACAAGCUUUGGAUAUACAGCUUUUUCAUUCGCUCUCACCCCAGAUUAGUGAAAACCUGGAGAAGUCAGAUUACUAGUCGGUGAUUUGUUUUAUGUGUAGACUCACUGAAUGUGUUUUACUCAACACAACUCGAAUUUUGUGUUGGAAUUCAAAACCUUCACUUGAAUGCAAUCAUAAAAUUAAAUAUUUCAUUUGAAAGAUGUGCUUCUAUGUUGCUGUUCCAUUCUUGUACAAGUGUUUCACACCAGGAAUAUAUAUGAUAUGAAAUAAAACAAAAGCUUGUGACAUUUGA